AUGGAUUCGCCAGAUAAUGAAGGAGUUAACUUUAUUUCAGAAGAAAUAAAAAUGUAUCCAAAACCUCUCCCAGCUACUCAGUCAACUAUAGAUAUACAAGAUAAUGAUACUGCCUCUAUCGAGCCUGAUCAAAGUGAAUAUAAUAAUAUUUGGCCAGAUUUAGAAGAUUUUAUCCAAAAUUCUGAAUCUUCACUUCCACAAAUUGCAGAGAAGUUACAUAUAUCUAUUGACGAUGCCGAUAAAAAAAAUGUCGUCAAUGAGAAUGAUGAGAAUGAUGUAUCUAAAAUUGAAGAAGAUGAAUACAUUCAAGUAGAAAAUACAGAAAAUACAGAAAAUGCAGAGAAUGCAAAGAAGGCAGAAAAUGUACAAAAUAUAGAAAAUACAGAAAAUGUAGAGAAUACAGAAAAUGCAUAUGAACUUAUUCCUGUAGAAGCAACAAACAAAUCUACUCAAAUAGAAACAUCAUAUGAAUCUUCUCAAUUAGAAACAACAAAAAAUCCUAUUAAUGUUGAAACAACAGAUGAACCAAUUCACGUGAUUGAACGAACACAAACUCAAGAUUCUGAGCUCUCGGAUUAUGAAGAUGAUUCACAAGGAUUAAAUGAUGUGAUCCCCAUGGAUCGUAUUAUUUAUUCGAACCAAAUCAGAGAUUCAUUACAAAGACAAAAUAUAUACUACUCAGAUAUGGCCAAUUUAUUUUCUACAAUUGAAUUCGCAAAAGUUAAGCCUGAAUCAGAUGAAGAAGUUACUACUGCCGUUAACAUUCACCCUGUAAUAAGGCGUAGUUUGCGUACAAAAGCGAAAACUAGUUAUAAUUAUCCUCGUUACUCUUAUCCAAGUAGUAAACGAUCGAAGAAUCGACGAAGAAAACCUAAAACCCAAUCAAUAUCACAUUCAACGACCGAAAAUGAGGCUGAUGUUGAUGAAAAAACUAAAACUAGUAAUGAUAAUAAUGAAGAUUUGGAUAUUCCUAUUCAUAAAUCAACCCCUAUUUCAAGCGAUUACGAGGAUAAUCAUCGUAACAAUGAUGUUCAUAGCGUAAAUACCGAAAAUAAUAACAUUAACGAGAGAUCUGACACACACGUCAAACAUGACCUAAGGUCUAGGAGAAUUGUGCGUAAUGAUGAACCCGAUAACGCUACUUUCGUAGAUGAUACACGUACAGAGAAUUUAAAAUCAAAAUCAAGUAAAUCACUACCAAAGAGAAUUACAAAGAGGGUAAACACUUCUAAAUCGACGCCAAUACGUAAAAGAGCUGGACGAAAAUUAACUUCAGCACGUAAGAAAAAUAAUGAUCCCGAGUGGCGUCCAAAUGAAGUUGAUUAUGAAUCCGAUUCUGAAACCCGUAAAAAUCGUAAAAUUUCCUCAAAUGCUCCAAAAGGCCAACGUCCAGCUUCUAAAUCAAAUGUACAUUCCAAACCACCUUCUACUUCUAAAAAUGAUGUUAAACGCGUUAAUCCACCACUAAGUACCAAUAUUGCUAAAAGUCGAAAACGUGCUCUAAGUCUUGCUGAAUCUGCUCCCACUUCUGUCAAAAAGCGUUCAUCAAGCAAUGUUACCAAACCCUCUCAAAGAAAAACUAAACAACAAAAUAAGACUAAACCGCAAAUCGCAGAUAGCCUUGUUGAAAGUACCAAAGGGCAAAGAACUCAAAAAGGACAAAGUAUCCGAGGAGGAAAAUCUAGGCUCACCACCAAGAACAAGCAACAAACGAUUCCUAAAGAGCCUUUAGAAGAUAACCUGAUGGAAUUUGAAAAUGAAAGGCAAGUAUCUAUGGAUGAAUCCAUAAUUCAGGAGACAAGCGAAAAUAUAUUUGCGGAUAUCCCUGAUAUGAAUGAAGAUGGAAAAGGAUCCAACAAACAGGAAAUUCAAGCUGCACCAUCAAAACCUAAAAAAAUUACAAGUGCAAAAGGUAAACGUGGACAAGGUCGAAAUCGUGGCAAAGGAAAAACUCGAAGUGUGAAUGUCUCAAGUAGUAGUACAAAUAAUUCUAAAAUCAUAGAUGUAGAGAGUGACGUUACUGAAAAUAAUCUCAGUUUAUCUGUUAAUGAGUCUGAACCUUUGGUAGACGAACAAUCAGAAAUUAUUGAAACUCCGAAAAAUAAAGAUAAAAAAGGUAAAAAGGCCAAAAGAGGUUCACGGGGUAAAGGUAAAGCUAAAAGCAUCGGUUCAAAUGAAGGGGAAGAAUAUGAACAAGCUAUUUAUGAACAACCAAUAUUACCCCUAUUUGACUCGAAUGUGGUGGCAUUGUCUGCAGAAAAUCCAAUGGCUCUUCAAAAAGCUGUUCAAGUAUUGGCGAACGAAAAUUAUGAUAUACUUGAAACAUCUAGAACCAGCGUAGACUUAUCCCCAAAGGAUGAAAUCACGUCAGUAUUUACCAAACCUAUAAACAGAAUCUCUCGCUCAACAUCAUUCACGAAUGCAACUCUACCUGAAUUACAACCUAGUAGUUCUACUACACUAUGGACAAAUGAUCAUUGGUAUCAGCUUAAAAAUCUUUAUGAAGAAACCAAAAAUAGAUUCGUUAGAGAUGGCAAGAAUGGUGUCGGGAAUGAGGAAGUGUAUAGAGAGGUAAUUGCUAAAUUCUUCGCGAAAGAUGAUAAUAAUAAGAUUUUUGGAGAGAUAAUAGCGUUGGAAGCAGCUGAACAAGAAAGACAGUCGGGUAAUACUCCACGUCGGGGCAGCAUUGGAAGCAACAAUUCAAAGGGUAGCCGGAUUAGUGUUGCACGUUACAAUACAGCAUACUAUAAUUUACAUGAUACACCUUACUCUAAACGUAGACAUGAUGAAUUGAAUCUAGAAACUGAGGAUGAAGAGGAAUUAAUACAUCCUGUCCAGCGCUUACGUAGAUCUGUUUCAUUAUCAGGGUCAGGUACCAUGACUCCACAACUUGACAUCACAUCUGUUAGCAACAGUAGUACUAUCUCAAGAUUUUUCCGUGGAUUGUUUAGUAGAGAUUCUAGUUCUCACACGGCUCCAGUAUCCGAAAUAGAUGGUCCGGGUCCAAUGAAUAUUGACGGUGAAGAAAACGAGGAUGAAAUUGUACUUUCACCAACCCCAGUUCGUAGUAGAAGCUGGUUAUGGGGUUGA